CUUCCUACCUAUAUUGAUAACGCUUAACAGUCAAGAAACAUCAAACUCAACAGCCAGUUUAGCCCACUACAUGGAAUGAGGUGUAGGCGUGAUGCACAUGACCCCAUCCUGAGACAGUUAAGUUACCACCACAUGGAUAUGAGGUUGCAGAACAGGUUUUCAGAGAUAUUCUCGAACCUAUGGAAUGUACAUGUACAUACCUGUACCUCCUACUCUCGCACCCGGAGAGGGUCGCCAUAGGAAACUUCUUACUCAUGCUGUGGAACGAAAGAAAAGGAAAACCCUUUUCAUCUGCUUGGACUCAGGCGACGCUUCGCGUCUUGUGGAUGACAACAGCGAACAAGAGCGCUCCAUCAAUCACCUGGUUUGGUCAAAAAGAGUCAAGAACGAGGGAACAUCAGAGGCUCGCCAAAGGAGAGAUUCCCAAGCCCCAAUCCCAAUGCAACAGUUGGCCUCAGGUGAUAGAUAGGCUUAGCACUUCAUGUCAGUUUCUUGACGAUGACCCGCUUCAAACAACAAUCUCCAACCUCAUUACUAUCAAGUCCUGCCCAUUUAUUAUGUCAUAAUAAUAACUGAUGGCGGGGAAAUGAGUCAAACUCGGCGCGUUUGAGAGGCGGCUUUCUUCGCCCUCGUCCUCGUUCAUGUGUCCAAGAGAGAGAAAUUGGUCUUCUGCACCUUUUGCGCCUAGGGACAGCCGCGUUUUCUGCAUAUAUCGCCAAGCAUUGGGGCGAUUUGCCCUUGGAACAUUUGAUCGCAAACCACAGGGUAUCACAAGAUCAAUAACAGUAUUAGCCUUCCAGGCAGGCUUGUCAUUAACGGUCGGUUUGAUGGCGUCGAGCUUCCUCCUAGUCUAAUAAAGCCCACGUGACGCUUUGUGGUGCGUGUUCGAUAAAAUUUGCACGCGUGGCUUGAUGAGUGUGGUGACAAAACGAAUGAUUUCCAGCUGGGAGACAAGGGAGCGCGGUAUUGCAGUGCGAAUAAUCGCCACGCAUCUGCCACUGCUAACCGCACAUCCCAGAUCAGUUUCCCCUUCGAUGCAUCCAGACCACACGCCACAGCCGCAACUCGGCGCCGAGCAUUUCCCCCAGCGUCCAAUCCCGCUUGCUGCUGCAUCGUCCAGCUCGAAUAGCGCCGAGUAAGACGCUGCCAAUUGCGCUUCCUUUGUAACCUUAAUUAACCCUAUCAAUUACUCGACCAUUACUCGAUUGAAACUGUCCAUGCGUGAUCUUUGCUCCACCGCCGAGCUAACUUUGGGAAAGAAAAAAAAAACCAAACUAACCCUAUAUACAAAAAGUGCCGAUUUUUUGAAAAAGGGACCAAAAAUCUGGGCUGAACUAUUUUUAUUCUUUCAGUGCGGCGAGCUCCGAUGCAUAAUAAGAGUAAAUGAAUACUAAUGAAUGGUUUUCCCUCGGCUGGACAUUGUUGGGGUGCUGACGUCCUCCCCCCAGAAUAAUUUCUGCUGUUUUUCCUCUCAUGUUCAUAAGCUUUCUGUCCCUUUUCGCCCCCCUCUGUUUUCCCCUAUCCACGGGCUAGAGAAGAAAGUUUCAAUCCCCCUCAUCGCCACUCGCUGGUUCUCCUAUAAUAAACAAUACUCCCCAGCAGCGGUUUUGUUCCCUAUCUUAGUUGCUUGUCCCUGCUGCUUGUUGCUGAUUUCCCCCCUCUUCAGCCUCUAGCUAAAUACCGCUGAGAAAUACGAAGAAAAGUCCUGCUUUUCUUCUCUCUCCCUUUUUCUCCUCUGUCAUCCACCGAAACUUUCUCUCCUUUCUUUUUUUCCUCCCUCCCUCUCCCUCUCUCUCUCUAUUUCCCCUUUUCUCUCUGUCUUUGCUGUUGGUUGGUGUGGUGUGGUGCGCGGUACACGACUGGACUGGACCGGCUCUCCCCUCUUCUUUCCUCUGGUGUCAUCUGCUGCCCGCUCUCUGGCAUCCUGUCAAUUUCUUGUCUUGUUUCCACCCCAAGUUUGUACCGAAUAAACCAAAAAGUCAAAAAUAUUCAUUUUAGACAAGCAAAACCCCCACCGUAACCUACCAUCAUCAUAGUUAAGUACUAGAAAACGCUCCCAAACACAACAAAAUAACGGGGGCCCCACCGCGCGAAAAUCCACAGCCAUGGACCCUCAUCUCACACACUCUCCCACAAGCACCACCGCUUCCACUCCCGCCUCCACUCCCGCCUCCACUCCCGCCUCCACCUCCCCAACCGAAACCGGAACCGGAACACCCCUAGCCCCCUCCCUAACCGUCCUAGCCUCCACCCGCGCUAUAAUCUCCGGCCGCCUCACCGCUGCCACAAUCGUCAUCUCCCUCACCACAGGCAAGGUAACCUCAGUCUUCCACUCCGUCCUCCCACCCACGGCCUUCCCCCCAGGAACCCAAUACACAGACUACUCCCCCCAUAUCCUCCUGCCAGGCCUGGUGGAUGCGCACGUGCACCUGAACGAACCGGGCCGGACCGAAUGGGAAGGCUUCGAGACAGGGACGCGUGCUGCGGCGUUUGGCGGCGUGACUACCGUCAUUGACAUGCCGUUGAAUGCUAUACCACCCACGACGACGGUUGACGGGCUGCGCGAGAAGAUUGCCGCUGCGGCGGGGAAAUGUUGGGUUGAUGUGGGCUUUUAUGGCGGCGUUGUCCCUGGGAAUGUACAGGAGUUGAAAGGGUUGGUAGAAGCCGGGGUGAAGGGAUUUAAAGGCUUUUUGAUUGAUAGUGGGGUCGAUGAAUUCCCCGCUCUAUCGCCAGCGGAUAUCAAAGCCGCCAUGCUCGAACUAGCCGAUCUGCCAACGACGUUCAUGUUCCAUGCCGAAAUGAUCCCCGACGCCAAUGGCGACACAUCUCCGGCAAACCUCCCGUCUCCCUCAGGAGCUCCAACAUCAUACUCCACCUUCCUAAACACCCGACCCUCUACCUUCGAAACAGCCGCAAUAUCCACAAUCCUCUCUCUGGCACCCUUAGCCCCCAAGCUCCCUUUGCACAUCGUCCAUCUCUCCGCCAUGGAAGCCAUCCCCUUAUUGAAAGCCGCGCGCAGCCAAGGAAUCAACAUCACAGCAGAAACAUGCUUCCACUACCUCUCCUUGGUGGCCGAGGAAGUUAGCGACGGCGACACGCGCCACAAAUGCUGCCCGCCAAUUCGCAGCCAGGUGAACCAGGACGCGCUGUGGGAAGAGCUGGCAAAGCAUGCCGAUGCCCAGGGCGUGAUUAAAACCGUUGUCUCGGACCAUUCGCCCUGCACUCCGGCGCUGAAGAUCCUGCCAGCGCAUAUCCCUGGUGGCUGCGCUGUCAAUAAUAACGAGAAUAAUAAUGCCGCCAAAACCAACGACACCACCUCUCAAGACGAAGAGGAAGGAAACUUCCUCAAAGCCUGGGGCGGCAUCUCCUCCGUCGGCCUGGGCCUCCCUAUCCUCUGGACCGAGCUCCAACGCCGCCGUUCCGCAGCCGACAGCACGUCAACAGACACGCCGACGUCGACCUCAUCCACAACGUCUGCCCUCGAAGACAUCGUCCAGUGGUGCUGCGCCAAUACGGCCAAGCAGGUUGGGCUGGCGUCGCAAAAGGGAGAUCUUUCCGUCGGAUACGACGGGGAUGUUUGUGUCUUUGACGAGACGGGGGAGUGGGUGGUGCAGCCUGAUACGAUGCUGUUCCGCAAUAAGUGCUCGCCGUAUCAGGGGAGGAAGCUGAAGGGUGUCGUGCGCGAGACAUGGCUGAGGGGCCAAAGAGUGUAUACGCGCGAUGGUGGGUUUGUGGAGACGAAGCCUGUGGGGAAACUGUUGUUGGAGCCUAGAGCGGUGUAGGGGGUUGGGAAGGGAGAUUUUCUUUUCAGGAAAUGACUUGACGACAUAUGUUACAUGAUUCUUUCAUCUCUUCUUUCUCCUGGUUGAUUUUCUUUUCUUUUUUUUUUUUUUUUUUUUUUUUUUUUUUUAGCAUGGUGCAUGCAUAUAUACCAUUAUACAUUUUUGAUGUUUAGAAGAUAAUUCUCCUUCUGUUUGGGCGGUGUCGCCGUCGGAUACGGGUUGUGUGGUAUCUGCUUUGUUUUAGCAAGCGUGAUACCUAGUUAAAGGCAAUUGGAAGAGUAAAUGGGAAAAAUGAGAAUAAAUGGAUAAACAAAAUAUAUAAUAUAUAUAUUAUAAAAAAAAUCAAAGAAGGCGAUCUAUCAAUGGAAAGGGGGAGUGAAAACCUACACAUAAACGUCAGCAAAUCAAGUCCUCCAUCCGCAGUAAGGAGGGCAUAGCAGAAACUAUAACAAACAAACAUACCUAUUU